AUGGUGAUGUACGUAGUUCAUACGCAUAAUGUACGACAAAAAUACAAGACUCACAUUUGUAGCAGAGCGACUCUUUUCCAAUUCUUUGUCAUAAGUUUGACUUUUAUACCACCCCUGAUUAUUGCCUAUGUCACGCACGGUAAGCAAAUUUUCUGAUUAUUUUUUCGUUUUUUAUUCAAUACUGUUCUACUCUAAGCUCUUAACUUUCUUGUAAUUAAUUGUAAACCUCAUGAAUCGUUGUGAAACACUGCAGGUUUCUGGCUCAAGGAAAGUUCUUUCAGAGAGCAACCCGAUGUUCGUUUUAAACACGAACUGCUUGUCGUUCUUCAAGGAAAUACCCCAGGUUCAUUUAUGGCCUACAGUACGUUUCAAAACUUUAACCAUCUUCUGCAGGAAAAGCUUAGAAUUCCACUCAUAAAGGUGAUUAGAACUGAAUCUGAGAUAUUAGUUUUCUACUGUGAUUUCAAAUUUUUUCCUGUGAUAAUUUAGAACUGUAAUUAGGAGAUAGUUGAAUCGAAUUUUCCCACAAUUAUCAUUCACACUGUAAGUAAUAUGUUUUUUUUCUUGGAUUAAGUCUUGGGAAACAGAUGGUAACCUGGAUGGAAAGUAUGACAGCCUUCACUUCAAUAUUGAGAUACCCCUGUCAGACUCUGAGGCAAUACAUUCUGUACAACUGCUGCUGAUAUUUGAUUACAAACUUUAUGUAAGUUACACUGUACAUUUUGAGUCGUGUUGCAGUCUAAGCGACCCAUUGCAGAAGCUUUUCAUUCUGGUAUCUUAAGCACAAGGAUAACAGUUGUGCUGUAAUGUCUCCUCCAUGUAGAUGCUUGAUUAUUACAGGUGGUCUCCAUUGCAAAUCUUUGAGUUUCCCUGUUAGAGUAGAGAGUGGCACUAUUGUUAAGAAUGCUUCAAGAAAAGGCAAAUUCAUGGCUUGCUUGUUAAAUCACAGUGUUUUCAUGUUGGAGAUACUUGAUUUAAGAAUCUUGCCAGUCAGUAUGCAAGUGAUGUUUUGAGUAAGAUUCUUUUGCAUUUCUCUUAAUUAACCCUUAAUGAAUGACUGGACUAGCAUCAAAAUAUUGAUUACAGUAUAUCCCCUGAAUCAAACAUUAAGAAAAUGAGAAUGUAGGAAAUAGUUGCCAACUAAAGAGGCUCCUGACUGUUAAUAAAAUUACUAAGUUAAUAGUAUGGAGAAUAUGCAUAUUAUGUUCAGGUGUUAAGAGUGAAUUAAGUAAUAUGAAGAUCUGAUAUGAUCAACAGCUGUCCUGAUGUCUUUCUUUUUCUUCAGAAAUAUGUCAGACUUCAGAUGGAGAGCAUGGCCUACAUCCAUCACUCAUCUCCUCUAGCUGGUGCAGAGUUUUCAACAGUUGGAAAACUGAUUCUUCAGCAGUCAGGACCCUUACCUUACAAAGGACAACAUGUCUUAUAUAACGUAAGGAGUACAAAUGAAUCCUGAAAGAAUAACCUUGAAUAGAGUAAUGCAAUAUACUGGUAUGCACAAUUUGCUUCUUUCAUUGUGGCUAUGGGUCUCCAGAGCCUCUUAGUAGGUCAGCAGUUAUCUGCAAACUCUGUUAUCUGCUCUCCUUUAGUCUGUGCUUUACUGAUUUACAAAAGACUCUUGUGUUUUGACACCAUCUGGUGUGAGUUCUUAUGCCAGUAAACCAAUUUUAAGUGUAGACAGUUAUUUAAGCCAAUUAUUAACAAUUUUCUGGUUGUAGGUACCAGUUAUUGAUGGUUCAAGUUCUAAUGUUGAUGCUUAUAAAUUGUAUGACAUAUUUACUGCAUACACCCAACGUAAUGGUAGGUACUGAUAAGCUUUUUACCUAGUGAGAGGUUUUGAUAGCCUCUGAUAAAAGAGCGUCAUGUAAAGAAAGGCUUAUUAGUCCUGUUUUUAAAAUUAAUCAAUGCAAACUAUGUAUUAUUCAUAUUUUUUGAUGGUUCAGAUAUCUGAAGUACAGACAAGACUGACUCACAAAGUUGCAGGACCUUAUUAUACUUUCAGUUAAAAGCACCACUAGGUUGCAAAGAUUAAUUCCAGGUUACCCUGCUCCCCAAACUUAUCAGGUUUUCCUCACCUUUUAGAGGCAAUUCUUCACACCGCUAGUGGAAUGAAGGCAAUAUGAGAGCAAAGUGUCUCAAAUCUGGACCUUAAAAUCUCUCAUUAAGCCUUGAGUGGAGUUUAUUGAUCUCCUUUCAGUGAAAUAUUUGAAUUAUUUGACCAAACCAGUUGACUUUAAGUGAAUUUGUAUUUUUUGGUAAGUUAUGAGAUGAAAUUGGUGGAAAAUUUACUUCAUCCUUGUACCAAGAAUUUAACUUGUGCUGUUGUGGUAUCUGCAGAGAAAAUAUCUAUGAUUAUCCAACAAAGGCUAAAGAGAAAUUUAUUCUAGUCCUGUUUUAUCCUUUGUCAGUCACCACAGAAUAUGUGUCAUUCCAUCCUGUGUGGACAACUGGUAGAGCAGCUGGGCAGCCAUUUGUUAUAAAAGGAACUGUUUAUUACCCAGAGGAGACAAUCAUGUAUCUUUUAGUAAAACUUUUAAGUGUAUCAAGGUUGUGCUAAUGUACUGCAAGCAAUCAUUACUAGGAUAUUAUUCAGGGCCGCCACUAGCUUUUGUUGAAAAGGUAAAGUGUUGCUCUUAAGUUAACCCAUGUACACCACUGGAGCUGACAUCUAAGUUUUCAUUGCUUGAUACAACCAAACUGGGGUUUCAAUGAGCUGUAAGUCUGCAAGAUGUCUCACCACCAUCUGUUUAGCCUACAAAGAGGCUCUCUUGGUUAUUUUCACCUUAAGGCAUGGCCGCCAAUUACACCAGUGGCAGCCACUUAUGGAAAAAGUUAUUGAGACCCCUCUGACUGAGAGUAUUUCAAUCUCCUUUCCUUGGAUGGGAUGAUAUUCAAUGAUACAUUUACACCUCGCAUAUUUUCCAACCAUUAUCAAGGUUAUAAGAGAUGUGUUGCAACUGUUUCUUAGAAUUGUGUUUGAAGAUUUUCGCAUCAGGAGUUGUUCAAUUGCAAACAGAGUUCACCUUAACGUUAUUUUCAAGAUACCGUCCAGGAUUUUGGCAGCUCAUCAAAAUGGCUUGGAUCCAAUACUUGGCUAUUCUGUUCAUCUUUCUCUUUUUGUUUGAUAGAGUCAAGAGAUUUGUGUUUGAAAACCAAGUGGUGACUACAGUUCCUAUGAAGAUAGAAAAAGAACACUUAGACUGAUAAUCCAGGCAUAAAAGGGGGCCAGCUGCUAAAGAUGAUGAAAGAGCUAGGGUCUGGAGAAAGGCCUUAAUACCAAAGGAGAAGUUAAAGGACAAGGAAUGAAGGUAGGAGUCUUCAAGGAACAGGUCUUCGAGGCGCAAGACAUCAAGAAACGAGUCAUAUACAGUUAAGUCUCUAUGAGACAAGCUAUCAAGGAACAAGUCAUUGAUUGACAAGUCAUUGUUGAAAGCUACUAGUCUGAUAACAAUAAACAAAUAGUUUUGAUAAGAGCUUUAAACAUUGGGAGAAGUCAAGCGGGUAUUGUAAUACAGCCAAAAGAGACUGAAAAAGGAAAACUCGCGCAGGCAUCAACAAAACGUAUAGAACCUGAUAUACAGAUAUACACAGAACAGGCAUUUUUUGUGUUAACACUUUUGUCGUAGUCCAAAAAAUAGCUGAUAACUGCUCCUAAACCAUGCACCAUAUGUGCUAAAACCGGAACAUGCGGGAACUCCGCGGAAUUUCAAAAAGAUGAAAUAACCAUAAAAUUUGAAAAAAAGUUUACUUUUUUCAAUUUUGAAAAAAUGAUAAAAAAUAGUAAAACUCAAUCUGUGUAUAGCACUGUGCACUUUUUGAGUUAAGUCUGCCACCCUGGUUUUCGAUUACCACUAGAGACAGCGGAUUGCAAUUUCAAACGACACGAACGUAAACCCACCAUUUUCCAUGUUAGGAACGAGGUUACUGGUUAGCGAAAACCACGAUGGUGGACUUAAGGCACGAAGAGCGCGAGCUACACACAAAUUGACUUUUUAUAUAUAUAAUGUAUGUAUAAACUACUUUUUAUCAAUCUUUUUUUUACUUUUAUUUUUUUAAAUUUCGCGGUGUGCCGGCAUGUUACGGUGUAUUGGGUUUUAGCUCAUGCCAUCAUCAGACGUCUGUCGACAGAACUAUCAAAAGAAGGAACUUUUUCUUCAAAUGACAAAUUUCUGUAGGUAGCUUCAUGGAGAAAUGUCGUAAGGAGACGCAUGUCCUUACUGCUUAGGAUCCUCACCCCACAUAAUUCUUAACGCUACCUUGUGCUGUUUGUUUUCUUUAUUGCAUAGUAGCGGAACUAUCGUUCCAUCUUUACAUCUCGUCAGUGUGUAGCGUUGUAGAGCAUACUUAGGCGUACAAAAUAAGGUCAAAUGAGGGAUAUUUUAUUUCGCUAAAAUCUUGCAUCGUAUUAAUGUACAUAAUUUUUUAAAAAUAACGGUGUAGCAUUUUUAAUAAACAUUCUCCACAUCGUAUUUCGCUCUUCAAGAUGUAUAUGUUAGUUACUACUUUUAAAUUGCACGCAGCCAUGAGGUAGAUGCGAAGUAGUUCGUUGAUAAUUUAUUUCAUUUUAAUUUAUGCGGUCUUAUUUCAGUUUUUAUCGAUAUUUCUUAAGAGUUGUAAACAGGUAUUAAAUUAUUGAAACUCUUUAGCGUACAUUAAAUGUCUG